GAGAAAUUCGAUGCUACUGCGACGCGGCUCACUGUGUGGCAACCGGUUACAUGUGCAAGUCUGAGCUCAGCGCCUGCUUCUCCAGACUGCUGGACCCUCAGAACACAAACUCCCCGCUCACCCACGGCUGCCUGGACUCUCUCACGCGCACAGCGGACGUCUGCCAAGCCGCGCAGGCCCAGAACCACUCGGGCAGCGCCGUGCCCACGCUGGAGUGCUGUCACGAGGACAUGUGCAAUUACAGGGGGCUGCAGGACGUGCUCGCCCCGCCCAAGGGGGCGGCCGCAGGGCAAGGAAACAGGUACCAGCAGGACGGGAGCAGAAACCUUAUCACCAAGGUGCAGGAGCUGACUUCCUCCAAAGAACUGUGGUUCCGGGCGGCGGUGAUCGCCGUGCCCAUUGCUGGUGGGCUCAUUUUAGUGUUGCUUAUUAUGUUGGCCUUGAGGAUGCUCCGAAGUGAGAACAAGAGACUGCAGGACCAGCGGCAGCAGAUGCUGUCCCGUUUGCACUACAGCUUUCACGGACACCAUUCCAAAAAGGGCCAGGUGGCCAAGUUAGACUUGGAGUGCAUGGUACCGGUGAGCGGGCACGAGAACUGCUGUCUGACCUGUGAUAAAAUGAGACAAGCAGACCUCAGCAAUGACAAGAUCCUUUCCCUGGUCCACUGGGGCAUGUACAGCGGCCACGGGAAGCUGGAGUUCGUAUGACGGAGUCUUAUCCCACCUACACUUCUCCAACGCUUGAAGGCCUUGAGUUCUGCUGGACAGGAGCACUUUAUCUGGAGACAAACCGAUUAAUCUAAUCACCUUCCAGAGGUGAAAUGACCUCUGCAGACAGAACCUUGGAAUUUCUUCUGAAGGAUUAUUUGCACAGACUUGAGUACAGUCAAAUGUAUUAUUUGCUUUAAAAUUAUAAAAAGCAAGAAGACUGUGUACACACUGUUACCAGGGUUACGUGCGUCGGAGGAGCUGGGAUCGAGCACCUAAGUAAACUAACUGCUCUGUGGAAGCUCCUACAUCCUGAUUUGUUGUAAAGAUUUUUAAAAUAUAUAUAUUUUUUGUCUGAAA